AUGUGUGCCAAGCACAUAGUCCUAGUUGUGCUUUUUGCUCUUCUGUACUUCGUUGUAAAGAUAUCCUCAAGAUUUGAAUUUACCAACAUUGAGUGCACGUCCUUGGAUAAAAAUUUUGAUACCUUUGAAUAUUGCUAUUUGAAGUCGAUUAAUCGGACCUAUAAAUACCUAUCGUUAAAAGUGAAUUUAUUUAAAACGCCAGUCACGAAGGUCCGCGGAACACUCUUUAAAAGAUAUAACGGCUACAGGCCAUUUAUGUUUAAUCUCACAGUGGAUGCCUGCAGACUUCUAAAUGAUACACAGUCACAUCCUUUGGUUGCUUACUUCGUUGAGUUCCUAAUACCCCACUCCAAUAUGAUUCACCCAUGCCCCUUCACUGAGGAUCUAGUUGUGGAUAAACUGUCAGUGGGUUUUGUAAAUCAUCAAGCUACAAAAGUUCUUCCAUUCCCGGAAGGUGCGUAUCUUCUAGAAACUCAUUGGCUUGCCUACGACAUUGAUCGUGCUGUGGUAAAAGUAUAUGGAACUUUAUCCUGA